GGACAGGACUCUAGGUUAACUAUAAAAAAUUCACCAUGGAAAAUCCAAAGAGUUACACUGAAGAUGAAAUUUCGAGUGAUAGCAAAAUGUUCACCAUGUCAGACAAGAUUAGGUUUGCUUCAUCUGCUACCACCACAUUUGAACUAUAUGAACCGCAAAGCAAGAAGAAGCCUUCUGCAUGCUGUGUUUGGACUGCACUGGCAAUCUACUUAAUGAUGCUAACUAUAGGCCUGGGACUAUUGGCGUUAAAAGUGUUUAACAUGCAGGAGGAAAUACGCAAAAUCCAAAGAGAAGAUGACUCAUAUAAACCAGAGGAACUGGUCAGCCCCUUCUACAAUGAAACUCUUCCAGAAAGCAACUUUUAUAGAAAGAACACUAGAGGUGAAGAAACAUUGAUUGAAAGCUUAGAAGAGGAAAUCAACACCAUUAGGGUCAGCAACCACAAUUUACUGAUGAGGAUGAACAAUAUCACACUGGCUGCAGGGCAACUUGGAAUCAAAGGAGAACCUGGUCCUCCAGGAGGAAAAGGUGAGAAGGGAGACAUGGGUCUACGAGGACCAGCUGGAAGCAAAGGAGAACCAGGGUCAAAGGGUAUUGGAUUUCCUGGGGAGAAAGGAGAGAAGGGUAAUCCUGGAGAAGAGGGUGCUGGAGGUGCUCAGAAAGGGGAGAAAGGUUCAUCUGGAAAGGAUGGAACUCCAGGGAUACCCGGAAGAGUAGGAGCUCCAGGUGCCAAGGGAGAAGCAGGAAUAGAAGGACCAAAGGGGACAAAAGGAGACCAAGGAGUCCAAGGCUUAAGAGGACCAUCGGGUGAAGAUGGAAGUAAAGGGGACAGUGGCCUCGCUGGUCCAAAAGGUGAACCAGGAAUGAAAGGAGAUUGGGGACCUACAGGUCUUCGAGGAAGUAAAGGUGAAGUGGGUGAGAAGGGAGAGAUGGGCCCCAGAGGACCAAUUGGUGCUCCUGGAAACAAGGGAGAUGCAGUGGGUGCACCAGGGCUUCCAGGACAGAAAGGAGAGGCAGGCCUGAAUGGAGACGUUGGUGCCCCGGGACUUCCUGGUUUAAAUGGCAUGCCUGGUCAGAGAGGGGAGAAGGGAAUCCCAGGAGAGAGGGGACCUAAAGGUGAAAAGGGACAGAGAGGAGAAGCAGGGGUUAGAGGCCUACCUGGUGAAAAGGGAAGUAGGUGGAAUUUUGGCUCUCCAGGUCCAAAAGGUGAACCAGGAAUGAAAGGAGCCAAAGGAGACAUGGGACCUAGAGGACUGCCAGGGAGCAAAGGUGACAGGGCUGAACCAGGGGAACGCUACUCCCACCCCAAUAUAAGGCUCAAUGGGACAGCUAGGGAGGGCCGUGUCGAAAUUAGGUACCAAGAGAAGUGGGGAACAAUAUGUGAUGAUGGAUGGGAUGACAGAGAUGGAACCGUGGUCUGCAAAAUGCUGGGAUAUAGACGCGCAGUUCGCACCAUGACGGCACCCCCAGGUUCUGGUCAGAUUUGGCUUGAUAACGUGGAGUGCAAUGGAAUGGAAUCCUCCAUUUUGAACUGUGAAAAAAACAACUGGGGGGACCACAACUGCAGCCACAGUGAAGAUGCUGGUGUGGAAUGUGCCUAAGAUGGUGUCGAAAUGGGCAUGAUACACUGCUGUCUGGCAUAAGAUGUCUUAAUUCCACAAGUUCCAACAGACUGCGCUGCUGUUGUCCAUGGCUGGGACUUGCUUCUUUGUUUCGGUGUUUGUAAAACUGUUGGUUUCUUUAGCUAUUUUAAAAAUGUGCAUCAAUGAGGCAAGUAAUUGUUCCUUAAAUCUUUAAUAACCAGUAAGGCCAAAAGUAAACCAGGAAAUCCAGUUGCCACAAAACAAUUAGAGACAGAAAAGGAAUGAAAUACCCAACUCACUCAAAUACUCGUAAAUCUUUGGGUAACCUGGCCGGUCUGGUAUCCAGCAAUCAUGUAUUCUGCACAGGGUGGAAGGAUAAUGGAAGUUAAAGCAUAGGAGUAGGAGACCUAUGCCCUGCACUCUUCCUAGCUCUUCCCUGGACCUCCUUCAUGACCGUGGCAAAGUCACUAAGACCCAGAUCCUUAAAGGUGAGGAGUUAGGCACAUGAAUACCUUUGAGGAUCUGGGCCUUAACCUCUCUGUUUCUCAGUUUCACAGCCUCCCAAUCUAUUAACAGAGGUAAUGAUACUUACCUCUCAGGAGUAUUAUGAAGAUUGGUUCAUAUUCAAAAGUCCUUUUAGAUCCUCAGACAUAAGGCUCUAUGGAAAUAUAGAAAUAUAUACAAAUAUAAAGCAGGAGCAUGCAUUAGCAACAGUAAUAUUCUGUCAGGAAGUCACUGAUGAUUAAGUGUAAAGCUUGCAGAGUUAACUGUCCUAUAUGUAGAUACAUAAUGGCUUCCACCCUUUACUGUCUGUUAUACACAACCAUGUUUGAUGCAUUGAUUUUUAUUUGUACUGAGCAUUUUCUCUCUUUUUAAGGAUCCACAACACACCCCUGCACCAUACAUUUACAUAUUGUAAAGUGGUGGAUGAACAGUAGCACAUACAGAGCUGUGUACAGUAUAUCUUGCUUACAGGAAUGUUACUUUAAAAUAAGAAAUAAGUUUA